GUCAUGAAGAACGUGCUGGUCAAACAGGGCAGCAGCUCAUCCCAGCUCCAGUCGUGGACCGUCCAACCCUCCUUUGAAGUUAUCUCAGCACAGCCACAGCUCUUAUUCCUUCAUCCAUCUGUACCGUCUCCUGCCAGCUCAUGUCACACUGGAGACAAAAAGUCGGACUCCAGGAACUACUUGCCCAUCCUAAAUUCUUACACCAAAAUAGCACCACACCCAGGCAAAAGGGGCCUUUCCUUUAGCCCAGAAGAACGAGGAGAGAGUGGAGUGCGAAAGAAAAUUUGUACAGAGAGCCUUGGGCCAAGCUUGUCUUCCAGUGAGCCGACCAAGACUGGGGCUGUGCCAUCCAGUCCUCUGGCUCCAGCCCCCUCCAGUGCCAAGCUUGCCGAGGACUCUGCUCCACGGGGUGUGCCCUCCCUGGUGGCAGGUGGAAGUCCACAGACUCUUCAGCCGGUGUCCAGCAGCCAUGUGGCUAAAGCUCCCAGUCUGACCUUUGCUUCCCCUGCCAGUCCAGUCUGUGCAUCAGAUAGCACUCCACAUGGGUUGGAGAGCACCUCCCCGCUCUCACCACUCUCCGCGAGUUACAGCUCACCUUUAUGGGCUGCAGAGCACCUCUGCCGCAGUCCAGAUAUCUUUUCAGAGCAGCGGCAGAGCAAACAUAGGCGCUUUCAGAAUACCCUCGUAGUCCUGCACAAAUCUGGUUUGCUGGAAAUCACUUUGAAAACCAAGGAGUUGAUUCGUCAGAACCAGGCAAUGCAGGUGGAGCUAGACCAGCUAAAGGAACAGACUCAGCUGUUCAUAGAGGCUGCCCAGAGCAGGGCCCCUCAGGCGUGGGCCAAGCUGCAGGCCUCUUUAACAUCAGAGUCCAGUCACACUGGCAGGCACCUAGAAGUGCUCUCUGGCCACCCAGACAUAUAACCCAGAAGGCAUAUUUUCCUGUUAUUUGAGUGGUUCUUUUUAACUCUUUUGCUGUUAUUUACUUCUGUUUCCCAAAACUUAUGUUAAGAGCUUUUCCUUAAACUAAAAUUCUUCAGUGGUUCACUUAUGAAGCCACAUGCCAAUACUUGGCUGUUGUCUUAAGCUGUGGUCUGUGCACAGUUUACAUAUGUCUCUGUCCCACUGCAAAUCUCAGAUUUGGAGUGUCCUUGAGUCCCUUUUCCUUGGCCUGCAGGCACUUAGAUGGGUCACAGGGCAAAACAGGAGGGAAGAUUGUGUGGGGCUCUUCUGCCUGUCACCUCCCACCAGCCACUAUUACUGUGAUCAAGUGUACAGUGCCAUGGAUGAGCCUUUGGAGUGAUGCCUGUCAAACCAGGGAAUAGGUGACAUAAGGAUCCCUUCAUGGAUCUUCUUUUGAAUGCCUCAGUCACAGAGAAAAAUAAGAGGAGGUGUGUUUGCAUUCCACAAGGCCUUGUUUCAUUUGGAUGAAACCUUAAAUGCUUUUGGGCACAGGUUGAGCCUGGGUGUAAGCACUUAAUCACGUGCAGCUUUGUUUUCUGAAACUUGAAGGGCAAGGGGAAAGAGUAAUACCAUUUCACUCUUCCACUUUAAUCACAAGUCAGAUUUCACUUAAACUGGUAGGCAGAAUGCUUCUGAUUUUUGAAGUAUAGAAUGGAUUCAGUACCAUCUGGAAUUACAGUUGAUGGAUUGCUUUUUUGAUUUAAAGUCUGAAGAAGGUAGCCAUGGCCAGCAUCUCUUGGUCAGGAGUUGGAAGAUUCAGGAAAUUUAUGCUUCCUCUCCCCACUUUCUUCUUUUAAAAUAAUGCAACCUGUAUUAUAUGUGAAAAUCUUAAAAGAUAGCCCCAUGGUUUCUGAGAGUGUAGUGUAGGUUAACCCUCUGCUGCCACCUUUUUUCUUUUUUUUAUAAAAGAGGAAAGAAGUGAUUGUUAAGCUUGCUAAAUUUUGAAUUAAAAUCAUCCUGCAUUAUGACACAUAAGUUUACAAAAUAUAGGAAAAUAUUCUUACCAAUUUAUUACUUCUGAAGUUUGCAUUUGUCCCACAUCACAAUGUGUGGGGCGAUGGUGAAACAGCCUUCUGGGUUUCUCUUGUGCGUUGGAUGUUGGCAGCAAAACCAAGGGUGUAGCAUUGGUUAUGUGAAGUUCAUCCAAAGACGGAGAGUGUGAUGAGAAUUUCCAGAUGAUACACACUCUUUCAGCUUCAUUGUAAGGGUAAACUAGAUUUCUAAGUAGUAAUGUUUCAAACUUUUUUAUCUUUCAUCUAAAAAUCUCAUCCUCUUGAACAUCUUUGUACAAAUUACCUUAAUAAGAAGUUCUGUGUGACUAACUUCAUCUUUUCUGCAAGGAAAAUGUUCUUGAAGUUUUACCAAGGCCAGAAGCUAAUGGUCACAUUGAUGAGGUAAUUUUAACUUUAAUAUAAUUUUUAAAUGACAAGGCUUCAGAUUGCCUACACUCUGUUCUCAAGCAAGUGUGAUUUAGAUAUGACAAUUUAGAAAUAAACAACUUGGGAAAAUCUC